CCGGAACCGUGCGCUCUGCCCUGAGGUUUGCUCACCGCCCAGGACCCGGCGCUGCGGGCGGGGAUGUGCCGGGCGAGGGCAAGUGGGCGGGGGAGCCUCUGCGCCCGGGCCGCCUCCUGGGGUAUAAACCUGAGCACGCGGGCGCCUACACUGCAAUGCGCCUCCUACUGGACCAGUGAAUCCGCGUUGCUCUCUGCUUUGUCUCACCUGCCUCCACACAUGGACCCCAACUGCUCCUGCCCCACAGGUGGCUCCUGCAGCUGCGCAGGCUCCUGCACGUGCAAAGCCUGCAGAUGCACCUCCUGCAAGAAGAGCUGCUGCUCCUGCUGCCCCACGGGCUGUGCCAAGUGUGCCCAGGCCUGCAUCUGCAAAGGAGCCUCGGACAAGUGCAGCUGCUGUGCCUGAUGUCGGGGAGACCCUGUCCCAGAAAUCAAUAGAGCAACAUAGACAAACCUCAUUUUAAUAUUUUCCAUACAAGCUGACCUCAUGCUACAUCCCUUUUUCUAUGAAAUAUGUGAGUUGUAAUAAAUGUUGUCGAUUUCA